AUGGGGAAGAAGUCCAAAUCGAAGAAAGAAUCUGCCAAGCAGCCGGAGCUGAAACCACAGAAGAGAACCCACGAGGAGGCUGAGAUCUCCGACACAGAAAAACUAAUGGACGAAGUUGAUGGUGACUUCGACGACAUCGCUAAGCUCUUAGGCGAUAACGUUAAAGACCCAGAUGCCGCAAAAGAGGCAAAGAAGAAAGCCAAAAAAGAGAAAGCUGAAGCUCAGAAAGCUGAACAGGAUAAAGCUAUCAAGCCCACCUUAGAAAAAACCGCAGAAGACGACAAUGAAGAAGGGCUCAACACCGACUUCGAGAAGGCUGAUCUCAGUGAGCCUACUAUGAAAGCUAUCAGAGCAAUGAAAUUCACAAAAAUGACCAAGGUUCAGGCCAAGACGAUUCCUCCUCUUUUAGCAGGACGUGAUGUUCUUGGUGCUGCAAAGACUGGUUCGGGUAAGACGUUGGCGUUCUUGAUUCCUGCUAUCGAGCUCUUGUACUCCCUUAAAUUCAAGCCUAGAAACGGUACUGGUGUGAUCGUCAUUUCGCCUACAAGAGAGUUGGCACUUCAGAUUUUUGGUGUUGCCAGAGAGCUCAUGGAACACCACUCACAGACGUUUGGUAUUGUCAUCGGCGGUGCCAACAGAAGACAAGAAGCUGACAAACUUAUGAAAGGUGUGAACUUGUUGAUCGCCACUCCUGGCAGACUCUUGGAUCAUUUGCAGAACACUGAGGGAUUUGUGUUCAAGAAUUUAAAGGCCUUGGUCAUAGACGAGGCCGACAGAAUUUUGGAGAUCGGUUUCGAAGAAGAAAUGAAGCAGAUUAUCAAGAUCUUGCCUAAUGAAAACAGACAGUCGAUGUUAUUUUCUGCAACACAAACAACAAAGGUUGAGGACUUGGCCAGAAUGUCCUUGAGGCCGGGACCUCUUUAUAUAAACGUUGUUCCCGAGAGCGCUGCACUGACAGCUGACGGUUUGGAGCAAGGUUACGUUGUCUGCGACAGCGACAAGCGUUUCUUGCUUUUGUUUUCCUUCCUCAAAAGGAACGCCAAAAAGAAGAUCAUCGUGUUCCUUUCGUCAUGUAAUUGUGUCAAAUACUUUGGUGAACUUUUGAACUAUAUCGACUUGCCUGUGUUGGAUCUUCAUGGUAAGCAGAAACAGGCCAAGAGAACAAAUACCUUUUUUGAAUUUUGCAACGCUAAGCAGGGUACAUUGAUCUGUACUGAUGUUGCCGCCAGAGGCCUUGAUAUUCCAGCAGUUGACUGGAUCAUUCAGUUCGAUCCACCAGAUGAUCCUAGAGAUUACAUCCACAGAGUUGGUCGUACUGCCAGAGGAACCGAGGGCAAGGGUAAGUCUUUGAUGUUCUUGACGCCCAACGAAUUGGGUUUUUUGAGAUACUUGAAGGCCGCCAACGUGCCAUUGAACGAAUACGAGUUUCCCGCCAAUAAGAUUGCCAACGUGCAGAGUCAGUUGACGAAGUUAAUCAAGAGCAACUACUGGUUGCAUCAGAGCGCCAAGGACGGCUACAGGUCGUACUUGCAAGCGUAUGCAUCGCAUCAUCUCAAGACGGUGUACCAGAUAGACAAGUUGGACUUGGUGAAGGUGGCCAAGUCGUUUGGGUUUGAAGUUCCUCCAAAGGUGAAUAUCACUAUUGGAGCGAGCGGCAAGUCGAUCGAAAAGAAGCACAAGAAGCAGAGGAGGAGUUAG